UUGUGGUGUUAUUUUCUAAAAAAUUCUUUAAUUUAUCAAGUCUAAAUAUUUUUUUUAAGCCAUCAAGUCUAAAUAAUUUUAGCUAAACUAGGAAUCAACUUCGGGUCGACUUUGAAUUGACAAUUAUCUAAUCAGUUUCAAUUUUCUUCAAGUCGAUCAUUAAAGUAUUAAACAUGUUCGGUUCUUAAUUCUUAUAGGUUUCUCAUAUCAUGUAUAGUUUAGUUUGAGAUAGUAUUUUUCGAGUUGGAUCAAUUUUUAACACACAUACUAGUUCGAUAUAAAUUUAUCGAGUUGGGUCAAUUUUUGACAUCUAUGCGGUUGACAUAAUACGAGUGUCAUUAAUUAUUUUUCUUCCGAUUUUCCUUUUUCCUCGUUUGUAGCUUUUUCACGUUUGCGCUGUCUCGCUGCAUCCUUCUCUUCUCUCUCUCCUCCAUUGAAGCCUACUCUCAAUUCUCCAUUGAAGCAGCUUCUCAGCUUUCUCUCUUCCAUUGAAGCAGCUUCUGAGCUCAUAGCUGCAAAAUAUUGCUUAGGGGCUUGCGAUGCAUCGAGUUGGUAGUGCAGGAAAUACAUCUGGUUCAAAUCGUCCUCGUAAGGAGAAGAGAUUGACAUAUGUCCUCAAUGCUUCUGAUGACACAAAGCAUUCAGCUGGAGUAAAUUGCUUGGCUGUGUUGAAGUCAAAUGGCUCUUGUAGGAGUGAGCACCUGUUUACUGGUAGUCGUGAUGGAACAUUGAAGAGAUGGGCUAUUGAUGAAGAAGCAGACCAAGUAGCUACCUGCUCUGCUACUUUUGAAUCUCAUGUGGAUUGGGUAAAUGAUGCUGUCCUUGUUGGUGAUCAUACUCUUGUGUCCUGUUCUUCUGACACUGCUCUUAAGACAUGGAAUUGCAUGUCCAAUGGUGUAUGCACGAAGACUUUGCGUCAGCACUCAGACUAUGUUACCUGUCUUGCUGCAGCUGGAAAAAAUAGCAAUAUUGUUUCCUCUGGUGGCCUCGGUGGGGAGGUUUUUGUUUGGGAUAUCGAAGCUGCACUUGCUCCAGUUUCUAAGUCAAAUGACAGUACAGAGGAAGAAGCUUCGAAUGGAAUAAAUGGUGGCGCGAGUAACCUACCAAUUACAAGUUUACGUACUAUCAAUUCCAGUAAUUCUUUGCAUUCUACUCCAAAUCAUGGGUACAUUCCUACUGCUGCCAAAGGCCAUAAGGAGUCGGUGUACGCAUUAGCGAUGAAUGAUAGUGGGACCAUACUUGUUUCUGGUGGAACUGAAAAGGUGGUGCGGGUUUGGGACCCAAGAUCUGGUUCAAAGACCAUGAAGCUGAGGGGACACACUGAUAAUGUCAGGGCUUUGCUCUUGGAUUCUACGGGCAGGUAUUGCUUGUCGGGUUCUUCUGAUUCUAUGAUCAGACUAUGGGAUCUUGGUCAACAGCGUUGUGUCCAUUCAUACGCUGUUCAUACGGAUUCUGUCUGGGCUCUUGCCAGCACAGCAUCAUUUAGCCAUGUCUACAGUGGUGGAAGAGACCAAUCUUUAUAUUUGACAGAUUUGUCCACUAGAGAAAGCAUUUUGCUUUGUUCAGAAGAAUACCCAAUAUUGCAAUUGGCACUUGAUGAUGAAAGCAUAUGGGUUGCAAGUACAGAUUCUUCGGUUCAUAGGUGGCCUGCAGAAGGGCACAAUCCUCAGAAAAUGUUCCAACGAGGAGGAUCCUUCUUGGCUGGAAACUUGUCAUUUUCAAGAGCGAGGGCUUCCCUUGAAGGAUCUACACCUAUUCCAGUAUAUCGGGAGCCAACACUUAAGGUACCUGGAGUUCCAGCAAUUGUGCAACAUGAGAUAUUAAACAAUCGUAGGCAUGUGCUUACCAAGGAUACAGCCGGCUCUGUGAAGUUAUGGGAGAUCACAAGGGGCACUGUGAUUGAAGAUUAUGGCGAGGUAUCUUUUGACGAGAAAAAGAAGGAGCUAUUUGAAAUGGUGAGCAUUCCUGCAUGGUUUACUGUGGAUACCAGGCUUGGUAGUUUGUCGAUUCAUUUGGAUACACCACAAUGCUUUUCAGCAGAGAUGUAUUCUGCUGAUCUACAAAUUGCUGGGAAACCUGAGGAUGAUAAGGUUAACCUUGCUCGAGAAACACUUAAGGGCCUGUUAGCUCAUUGGUUGGCAAAAAGAAAACAAAGAUUAGGAUCUCAAUCGUCAGCAAAUGGUGAAGUUCAAUCAGUGAAAGAUAUCUCUGCCAGAAGUAUGACCCAUUCACGGAUUGAGGUUGAUGGUAGUGCAGAAAAUGAUUCAAUGAUAUAUCCUCCAUUUGAGUUUUCUGCUGUUUAUCCUCCAUCCAUUAUUACUGAGGGAUCUCAAGGGGGCAUAUGGAGGAAAAAGAUAACUGAUUUGGAUGGCACUGAAGAUGAAAAGGAUCUUCCCUGGUGGGUUAUGGAUUGUGUUUUGAACAAUCGACUACCUCCCAGAGAGAAUACCAAGUGUAGCUUUUACUUGCAUCCAUAUGAAGGCUCUACUAUCCAAAUUUUGACCCAAGGGAAGUUGAGUGCUCCUCGAAUUUUAAGAAUACAUAAGGUUAUCAAUUAUGUCGUUGAAAAGAUGGUUCUUGACAAGUCAAUGGAGGGAGGUGUGACUGGGGAUGCUACAUUUGCUCCGGUUGGAGGACCCUUGCAGCAUUCAACAAAUGUAGUAGAUGGGUCUCUCCGCUCGGGGUUGAGACCUUGGCAGCGAAUAAAGCCUGCAAUUGAAAUAUUGUGCAAUGACCAGGUGUUAUCUCCUGAAAUGAGUUUGGCGACUGUACGAGCUUAUGUCUGGAAAAAAUCUGAUGAUCUGGUACUUAAUUAUCGUGUAAUGCAGGGAAGGUGACUUUACCCAAAGCCAGCCCAGGUUGACUUUCAGAUUUAGUGGAUUGUAAUGGAGCUAGCUGAUAGGUCACGGUUGAUAUCUCAUGGGUUCCUUGUAUUGUUGGGAUAUAUCGAUUGCUUCAUUGUAUAUUGGCGAAGGAAAUUGAUUGCUGAUUUUAGAAGCAUUCUUGGAAGUUUCUUGAAAAGUUCCGGAUCAACAUUUUCCAUUUAUCAGAAAUGUUGCAGUGUCUGAAGCUCAUAUGCUUGAAAUAUGAGAUUUUGUGAAUCCUGCGACUCUUAAUUGUGGAGUGUGCGUGCGAAAUUGAAGAAGUUCUGUUCAUGUAGAGAGCCAACGCACUAGAGCUGUGAAUUUCUAGAGGAAUCGAAUCAGGAAUUUGAUGUCAAAAGCCUUGUAGAUUUGUAACUUAUGAAGUUUCAGUCAUAGGAGAUAGAUGUGAAGAAAAGCUAUCUGUUUUACGGAAAAAAAAUGUCCUGGAAAUAAAUCAGUGUCCAUUUGUCUGCACAGUUAAUUGUUAUAUGUUUAUUAACUUAAGCUUUUGUUCAUCUUCCAUGUACAUUUUUUUUUGAUGUUUCGGUCCACAUUUGCGUGGUGCCAACAAUUUUCAUUGGAUUAUAAUCUCUGUAAUUAAGCUUUUUGCUUGGUGCA